UUGUUCCGCGCCCGCCCCGGGCUGCCAGUGCCCUGCCCCGGCUCCAGGCCCUGGCUAGCGUGGCCCGUGCGCGGCACUCGCAGUAGCUGCCAGGUGCCGGGCCGGGCACCACAGGGCCGCUCCCGCCCAGAGGCUCGGCGCCGAGCUGGACCAAGCGGCUCCAGCUGCCCGCCGCGGCUCCGGGGGAGGGCUCCGCAGCCGGCUGCCCAGUGCGCCGGGAGUGGGACAGGCGGCGGCUGGAGCUCCGGGACUGCCGGCGCCAGGCUCCCUUCGCCCGCGGGUCCUGCCCGCCUCCCGGCUGGGGAAACACCUGCGCAGAGCCGAUUUCUUCUGGCAUGGAGUUGGGGAAUUAUGAACAGCCUGUUGUAAUGAGAGAGGAAACCAAACGAAGGAGAAGAAGAAUGAAGCCAUAUAGUGCAGCAAGUAAUUUGUCUUCAAUGGAACUGAUAUCCAUUGAGUUCAUUCUGCCUACAAGCAAUAAACAUACUAAAGUGCAGGAAACAAUGUUACUUGAAAUAGCUGGCAACUGUACUGUUGAGCAAAUGAAAGCACAGAUUUGGAUGCGUGCAAUAGAGAUGAGCCAAACUACAGACUUUUACCAUAAAUUCACCCCAGAUCAAUUUAUUCUUCAAUAUCAAAAGAAAGGGCAGUGGUAUGAAAUUUAUGACAAACAUCAAGUAAUACAGACGUUGGACUGCAUACUGUAUUGGAAAGUGUUACAGAAAAAGGUAGGCAAAAUCUAUGUGGUCCAGAAGCAAAAACCAGCAGAGGCGGUUCAGGAAUUUCAGACGCAGCUUAAUGAUUUAAUUGGCUAUGAUGUCACUGAUGUUAGUAAUGUGCAUGAUGAUGAGCUAGAAUUUACUCGUCGCAGGUUAGUCACACCACGAAUGAUUGAAGUAGCCUGCAGAGAUCCAAAAUUGUAUUCAAUGCAUCCAUGGAUUACAUCCAAGCCACUCCCAGAAUAUGUGUUUAAAAAGAUUACUAAUAACAAUAUUUUUAUAAUCAUACAUAGAGGAACAACUAGCCAGAAAAUUAAAGUAUCAAUUGAUGACACGCCAGAUAUGAUCCUUCAGAGCUUUUUCACAAAAAUGGCAAAGAAGAAAUCUUUGAUGGAUAUUCCUGAGGAUCACAGUGAACUGGAUUUUGUUCUCAGGGUUUGUGGCAGAGAUGAGUAUAUCACAGGAGAGACGCCAAUCAAAGAUUUUCACUGGAUAAGACAGUGCCUGAAGAAUGGGGAAGAGAUCCACCUAGUACUAGAUGACCCUCCUGACCCCAAGGAGGAUGAGGUUCAGAAAGAAGAAUGGCCCUUGGUGGAUGACUGCACAGGUGUUACAGGAUAUCAUGAACAGCUGACAAUAGAUGGAAAAGAUCAUGAGAGGGUGUUCACUAUCUCUUUGUGGGACUGUAAUAGAAAAUUCAGGGUCAAGAUAGUUGGCAUUGAUAUCCCAGUGCUACCAAGAAAUACUGAACUUACUGUGUUUGUUGAGGCUAAUAUUCAACAUGGGCAACAACUUCUUUCACAGAGAAGGACCAUAUCUAAGCCUUUUACUGAGGAGGUUCUGUGGAAUACUUGGGUUGAAUUUGAUAUUAAAAUUAAAGAUUUGCCUAAAGGAGCACUACUGAAUCUACAGAUAUAUUGUGGCAAAGCACAGGCAUUAUCCACAAAGGUUAGCCUUCAGUCACAUGAUUCCCCAAACUCCGAUUCUAAAUGCAAAACUCAGCUACUCUAUUAUGUAAAUAUUUUGUUGAUUGAUCAUCGUUCCCUGCUACGUAGUGGGGAGUACGUGCUUCAUAUGUGGAAGAUUUCAGGUAAGGGGGAAGAGCAGGGAAGCAUCAAUGCUGACAAACUUACAUCAGCAACCAAUCCUGAUAAAGAAAACUCAAUGGCUAUCUCUAUUGUUUUGGAUAAAUAUUGCCACCCAAUAGCUUUGCCCAAACAUAGGAUAACAUCUGACCCCCAAGGGGAUAGGACAAGAGCUGAAAUGCCCAACCAGCUUCGAAAACAACUUGAAGCGAUCGUAGACACUGACCCACUUAAUCCACUUACUCCUGAGGACAAAGAAUUAUUGUGGCAUUUUAGAUAUGAAAGCAUAAAGCACCCCAAGGCAUAUCCUAAGCUGCUUAGCUCAGUGAAGUGGGGACAGCAAGAAAUAGUGGCUAAAACAUACCAGUUGUUAGCUAAAAGAGAAGCUUGGGAUCAUAGCACUUUGGAUGUUGGAUUAACAAUGCAACUUUUGGACUGUAACUUUUCGGAUGAAAAUGUAAGAGCAAUGGCAGUUCAAAAGCUGGAGAGCUUAGAAGACGACGAUGUUCUGCAUUACCUUUUGCAACUAGUGCAGGCUGUGAAAUUUGAACCCUAUCAUGACAGCGCACUAGCCAGAUUUCUACUAAAACGAGGUUUGAGAAACAAAAGAAUUGGUCACUUUUUGUUUUGGUUUUUAAGAAGUGAGAUUGCUCAGUCCAUGCACUACCAGCAGAGGUUUGCUGUGAUCCUAGAAGCCUAUCUUAGGGGCUGUGGAAAAGCCAUGCUACAUGAUUUCAUGAAACAGGUUCAGAUAAUUAAGUUGCUGCAUAAAGUCACAAUGGAUAUAAAAUCAGUUUCUGCUGAAAAGUACGAUGUCACCUCUCAAGUUAUCACUCAGCUGAAACAAAAGCUUGAAAAACUGCAGAACAGCAAACUUCCGGAAAGCUUUAGAGUUCCAUAUGACCCUGGGCUGAGAGCAGGAGCACUAGUGAUUGAAAAAUGCAAAGUAAUGGCAUCCAAGAAAAAACCACUUUGGCUUGAAUUUAAAUGUGCAGACCCCACAGCCCUAUCAAAUGAAACCAUAGGCAUUAUCUUCAAACAUGGAGAUGACCUUCGCCAGGAUAUGCUUAUUUUACAGAUUCUUCGAAUUAUGGAAUCUAUUUGGGAAGCAGAAUCCUUGGACCUAUGUUUGUUGCCAUAUGGUUGCAUUUCUACGGGAAAUAAAAUAGGAAUGAUUGAAAUUGUGAAAGAUGCUACAACAAUUGCCAAAAUUCAGCAAAGUACAGUUGGCAACACAGGUGCAUUUAAGGAUGAAAUACUAAAUCAGUGGCUGAAAGACAGAUGUGUGAUUGAAGAAAAGUUUCAGGCAGCAGUGGAAAGAUUUGUUUAUUCUUGUUCUGGUUACUGUGUGGCAACCUUUGUACUUGGAAUAGGAGACAGACACAAUGACAACAUUAUGAUUACAGAAUCAGGUAAUCUCUUUCAUAUUGACUUUGGUCAUAUUCUUGGGAAUUACAAAAGCUUCCUUGGAAUUAAUAAGGAAAGAGUCCCUUUUGUGUUGACACCAGAUUUUCUUUUUGUCAUGGGAACUGCUGGAAAGAAGACAAGUCUGCAUUUCAGUAAAUUUCAGGACAUUUGUGUGAAGGCUUAUCUUGCUCUUCGACAUCACACAAACCUGCUGAUCAUUCUGUUUUCCAUGAUGCUAAUGACUGGAAUGCCUCAAUUAACCAGCAAAGAAGAUAUUGAAUAUAUCCGGGAUGCUCUAACUGUAGGUAAAAACGAGGAAGAUGCUAAAAAGCAUUUCCUAGAUCAGAUUGAGGUUUGCAGAGAUAAAGGCUGGACUGUGCAGUUUAACUGGUUUCUACAUCUUGUGCUUGGAAUCAAACAAGGAGUAGAAAAGCAUUCUGCUUAAUGUUUCUGUAAAGUAACUAUGGAUAUAACUAGAAAGUUAACAAGUCUGGGUGUUUACUUACAGCUUAUUAGUAAUUGAACUAUCAAAGUUGCCUUUUAAUUUGCUAACAGUUUAAAUAGGACUUCUAAAAAUGGCAAACUGCUUUGCCCUGAACUUCAAGAAUGUCAAUCUGUUUCUUACAGGAAAAAAAAUGUUCUGGAGUUGCUGACAUUGCAAAUACUGUUUUUUAUUUGUUAGUAGCUUUGCUGAUGUGGCCUACAAGUUUCCCAUUUGUCUUCAUUGUAGCUUCAGAAAAAGACAAAGCAGGGAGUGGAGCCUGGGAACUGAAACAUGGGUACCCUGUGACUUUCCCCUAAAUUAUGCAUGAUUGUCAGGCCCUUCAAGAUAUGGAGGAUUUUUAUUUAUUUAGUUUAAAUAAUCUGAUAUGUAAGUGCCCCUACAGGAUGUAUACUUCUUCAGGAGGGCUUUAUUACCAAGCAUUCUUCACCCUCAUUCUCCUUCAUUCUUUCCUUAACUCCUUGUUUCCCCUUGACCAGGCCUGAAAGAGAGUCUAAGUUUAAAAAUUAGAUUGUCCUAGCUAUGUUGCUCAGGGUUGUGAAUAAUUUCAUGCUAACCACCAGUGUAACCACAGCUAGGUCGACGGAAUUUUUCCAUUGACCUACCUACCACCUCUGAGAGAUGGAUUAACUAAAUUCGUGGAAAAAACAGUUGGUGGUAAAAAAAUGGCUCAGGACCCAUUUGUAAAUGUUUAUGGCUUGUGACCCAGUAAAUAGUCUGGGGGUAGAGGCCCUGGGAUGGUUUCAGUCAGAUCCCGUCUCUUGGCGGGUUGGAUCCUACCCAGCACUCACCCCACAGUGGUGGCUCCUGCAGCUCCUGUGCUGUAGGGCUGGCUGGGCUUGGCUCUGGGCGUUGCAACCUCCGAGGUUGCAGUGCCACUCAGGUAUGGCCCUGCCUCCCUGACUGGAUUAAAUUUGUGUGAGUGGAGUUGUGACUUGGCUCAUGAGGUUGCAGUGUCACUCACUCAUAUUUGGCCUACUUGAACUCCUGUCCUGUUGAUAGCUGGGCCAAACCUGAGUGGUGCUGGGACCCCAUAGGUUGCAGAGCUAGGAGGAGGGAGGCGAGCCCAGCCAGCCCUGUGGGACUAGAUCCACAGGAGCUGCCACAAAACCCUUUGAAACAUUCUGGUGAUCCAAUUUUGUGUCCUGACCCAAGGGUUGAGAAACUGUGGUCUAGGAAGAACCUUACAUUACCAUUGGUGUAGCUUCCUGAACCAUAAAACCAAAGGCCUAAUUGGCCCUUCCACAGAAGUACCCACAGAACAUCUCCUUUACCUUAAAGUUCCUGGGUUUGCUCCGAUAAUUUUCUUUUAAGUUUAAGUGUUUCAGUUUUCAUUUUUGAGUUUCUUUUUUAAAUGAACAUCCAAUAUAUUAUAUUGAAUCUUGAUGCUUAUAUAGUUUUCUUGUGAAAUUACUAGAAUUCUGCCUAUACAUUAAAAGCUUUAUAAAAGUAAUUUCCUUGUUCCUCAAAAGAAUCUUCUCUAAGAACAAUUGACAUUUUGCCAAAUGUUUAAGAAGCCCAAAGGUUAUUUAUUCUUCAGUGACAUAUUUUCAGGUUAUACCAAUCAGGAACUAAAUGUAAUCUUUGAAAUCAUGUAUAUUUUGCUAUUUAUAGUGUUUGUUUUAUUUUUAAAGUUCUUUUAAAAUAAUUGACUAUUGCGAAGCUAUUUAUGAAAGGAAUUAAAUUGUUUAUUUUUAAUUUAAGUAUAAACUAAAUCUAAAGACAAGGAAGUACUGGGAGCAAAUAUUAGGUGUAUAUUUUUAACUAUUUCUCUAAUAAGAUAUCUGAAAAUAAUGAAUUGAUCCUAUUAAUAUAACAAAAAGCAAAACACAAUUUAUAGCAUGAAUUUUGCUUCUGACUUAAAUUAUUAAAAUACUCUUCCUGCUGAUUAAUUGAUUUUACCAAAGAGAGAAGACCGCUUACAGUAUGGCCUAUUUGCACUUGUGCCUAUGUAAUUGCUUCUUUCAUUACAUAUUGACACGGGUUCUAUGUUAAACUCAGAUGAACAAUUGGAUUUGCUAAUUUCUGUUAUUGUUUGUAUCCAUCAUUUCACACUAUUGCUUAGAUUUCAACAAGAACUACUGAGAGUGCUCUUAAAGAAUUUGUAAUAAAUAUAUUGUAGUUGGUAUCUCAAUUAUGAGACAUGUAGAGAAUUUUUAGUUUUUAAAUGUAGGUGCUUAAUGGGUUGCUCUCCACAAAGGUAUUUUUGAUGUAUACGGUAAAUUUUGAUGAGAAGGUCCAAAAUGCUUACAUGUUAUGACAUCAUUUUCCAUUCUGUCACAUAAUGACCCUGUGCAAAAUGGUUUUAAAAGCAUGCUGAGGUGUAAAAUGUAUGAUUAGUAUUGUGUCUGUAAUGUGAUAUUCUUGGGUUUGUGCUCUAUAGUCCUGAAAUGAAUUGUCUCUUAUUUGAUGAUAAAUCAUGAAAUAAAAGGAUUUCUUUCAAAAAUA